UGCACGCGCCAAGCCGUACGCCGAGGUACCAAACCACGCCCGCCCGCCCGCUCAGGCAAGCAUCCUUCGGCGGCCACCUCCUCCGCGAAUAAAACGGGAGUGGGAUGCGCUGAACCGGAUGGCCGCCCAGUCGCUCUCCUCGCUCUCGCUCCCCAUCACGCGCUCGCGUGGGCCGCUCGCGCUCUCGCUCCGCCGCCUCCUCCUCCCCGAUCGCCGCCCGGCCGGCCCCGCGGCCCCCCCUGCGUUCCGAGGCCUCUGCGCCUCCCGGACGCCGGCUCGCCCCCGCGGCGCGCUCCUCGGAGCCGGAGUAGGUGCAGGGAGAAGACAAAGAGUUGGACUAGGCCGCAGAGCCAUGUCAAGUUCCACAAGUUCAACAGUGGCGUCGGAGUUGUCAGUGGCUGAGAGGAGUGGGAAUGUUGAGCCACUACCUUUUGUGAAUGACAAACAUGGGGGCGUCAUUGUUGAGAUGACGACUCCAAUGGAUCCUCAAGUGUUUUCAGCUUCCUUGAAAGCAUUUUUGGCGAAAUGGAGGGAACAGGGAAUAAGAGGCGUCUGGGUAAAAUUGCCUAUCAGCCUUGCCAACCUUAUUCAACCAGCAGUAGAGGAAGGAUUCUGGUACCAUCAUGCAGAGGAAACAUACUUAAUGCUUGCAUACUGGCUUCCAAAUACAACUCACACAUUACCUGUCAAUGCUACUCACCGCGUGGGGGUCGGAGCAUUUGUAAUGAAUGACAAAAGAGAGGUAUUGGCUGUCCAAGAAAAGAGUGGUGUACUUCGAGGCCUAGGUGUAUGGAAAUUUCCAACUGGAGUAGUUGAACCAGGAGAAGAUAUAAAUAUUGGAGCUGUAAGAGAAGUAAAAGAAGAGACGGGGAUCGAUGCAGAAUUUGUUGAAGUGCUGGCCUUCAGGCAGAGCCACAAAGCUUUUUUUGAUAAAUCGGAUCUAUUUUUUGUAUGCCUGUUACGACCUCUUUCAUUUGACAUUACUAAGCAAGACUCAGAAAUAGAGGCAUGCCAGUGGAUGCCAGUAGAGGAAUUUGCAGCACAACCAUUUGUCCAGAAACAUGAGCUCGUGAAGUACAUUCUUGAGGUCGGUUUGGCUAAGGUCGACAAGGAAUAUGCAGGAUUCUCGCCAAUCCUCAUAAAAUCGGCAUUCACAGACAGAAAGUCCUUCUUUUACUUGAACCGGAGGGACCUGGAUAGGGGGCCUCAUGAUCCAGUAGUCUGUAAUACGCAACAAGAUAGUUGAAUUUUCACUUGAUAUGUGAAAAGGGUUGAAGCGUUCAUACUGGAUUAUUUCGUUCACCAAUUGGUAGCUGGGCGCCUGAUUUUGACCGUAUGUUGUCUCCCACACUUGUAUGAUUCAAAGGAGAUAGAGCAAUGCAGAAGUACAGCUGAAACUGUUGUACUUAUGAAUUUGUAUUGGCACGCUUACAAAUAAUGCAUACAUAGUUUGAACUGGA